GCCAAUUGCAGAAAUCAUAUUCGAACGCCAUCUUUAUUAAUUUGUAAAAGCAUCCUUAUGUAGUGUAUAUGGCCAAUAAAAUUUUUAGUGAAAAAUUACAUUGGCAAAUUGUGUUUAUUGCUAUAUGUUACUAUUUUAUUUUACAUGGGCACAAAUAACAAAGAUUAUCAAAUAAUAAAAAACGCAGAAUUUAAAAAAGUUAUUUUAAUAAAAUGGCAAAACUUUAUUCAUAUUAUACAUUGUGUCCCCUUAUUGAUGAACAAAAUUUAUUAGGUGUUGAGAGAGAUUCAGAAACCGGAUGUGCAAUCGUAACGUUAGGAAGAAAUAUUGUAAUCCGAUAUAAGUUGCAAGAUUUAAAGCAAUUGGGUAGUUGGACUAGUAAAGAUCGAUUAACAACACAAGUUAUUUACAAUGAAAUAACACAUCAAUAUGCUGCAGUAUUUAACGAGAAAAAAAUACGUCUUUGGUCUGCUGAAGAAACAGAUUUAAAUAGCAUCAAAGGCUAUAAAUUUCAAUCUGCUUUGCAUACUAUUCUUACACUUGAAGGCUGUCCACCUGUAUUGGUACGCAAAGAUGGAGCUACUGCUUCAUUAGAAAGAGCUAUACAAAAUAGAAAAUCAUGGUCCAAGGAAGGAAUAUUAAAUAUAAAUGAAAAACUUUUAGAAUGUUAUCUAAUUCAUACUAAUGAUAAAAUAAAUUUAUGUAUGUUAACUGAAAUUGAAGGAACAUACCAUUGUGUUAUAGUUAAGCUAAAUAAUGACACCUAUACUGAAGAAAAGGAUUAUAUGAAAAGAAUAGAAUUGAAACGAAGAGCAGAAGAAUUAGUUGGCCAUACAAUACUGCAAAGUAAAAAUAAAGCUUGUCUUUUAACAUUAUGGUCACAUGGUAGAUUAUAUAGUCAUCCUUUAGUGGAAACAAAUAAUGAAAGUGGUUUAAGUAUAUUAAUUGGUAUUAUUACUAAUAUUAAUACUAAACAUCCUGUAAUUAUGACAUCUCUAAAUGACGCAACUAUAGCAGUUUAUGGAGCUGAUGUUUCUGAAGAAGGGGCCAUAUUAAUGAUUUACAAUGUACAAUUCAAAUUAAUACAAGAUGCACAGAAAUUGAAAUUAUAUACAAAAGAUGCAAAACUAUGGAAAAUUGAGGAUAAAUUAUUGCUUGCUGCUAAUAGACAUUUAGCAAUUGCACCUUUUCAUUUAGCACCUCAGAAAAUAGCAACUUUACUUGGAUCAUCCUUACGUUUUAAAAAUGAUGAUGAUAAUAUUGAAAAUAAUGAAAUUGUUGUAAUACAAGAGUCAACAAUAACCCAAUGGGAAAAGAAUGGAAAAGCUUCUAUUAAACCAAAAAUCCAUAUUCCAAUUAAAAUUUCUGAACAAGUGUCAUCUUACAUAAGUGAAGGAUUGAGUGAUGCUGCAAUACAAGAAAUAUUAAUCCCACAAUUAAUAGAGUCCAAAGAUGUAGAAGCAAUUAUAUGGUGUUUAAAUAAUUUUAAAGAUUUACCAGAAAAAUUAUUAACUGAUCUUUUAAUUUUUGCACUAAGAAAUCCUGAUGAAACAUUUUUACCAUUACAGAAUGGUACAGAUCAUAAUUUGAUAACCAAAAACUUAUAUUCAAGAAAUAAUUUUCUUGAUAAAAUUUUUAGUCUUACUUAUUCUGAUAUUUUUUUAUCCUCAUUUCUUAAAAGUGGUUUGAAUUUUAAUGAAAUUCUUCGAUUAUUACAUUAUUUAAUACAAAAAUUAGAUGCUGAAGAUUUUUAUCAUGAUAUUGCACAGCAACCAACCGAUAAACAAUUGUAUGAAUGGUCCAGUCUUUUGUUAGAAUCUCAUUAUCAACAUUAUGUAUUAUCACAAGAUCCAGAAGUAUCACUGCUACUUAAUAAACUUAAUUAUGUUUUAGAUAAUCAUUUACAAGUAUUUAAAGAUAUGGAAAACAUGAGACCCAUUUUAAUAAGAACAAUUAAUGGGAAGUCAUCUAAACUAAUACAAAAAAAUUGUAAUAAAUUUUAUACAAUAGAAGAAAUAAAACUCUAUUAAUAAUGUAACAUAAAAUAAUUUCUAAUAAUAAUUCAAAUGUAUACAUGUAAAUAUCUUUAACAUUAAUUAUUUCUUACAACAUUGUUAAUAUGUAAAUAAAAUUGUAAAAUACUUUUAAAUAUUAUAUAUAUAUAACUUAAUAAUGCAUUUUUAGAAAAAGAUUAAAAAUAAUAUAUAUAAAAACAAAAACUGGAAAUAAAGAAUUUUUAUUUUUAUUCAUAUCUACAGAAUUACAUUUACUGCAAUGAAAUGCACACAAAUAUUAAAUAUCUUGUACCAAUUUUGAUUGGCAAUUUAAUCUCAAUUUCUUGAAAAAAA